AUGUGGCCAUAUGCGACUGCUCUCUGGGCUCUCCCAGCAGUCCUGGGUGCGAGACAGUCUGUGUGUCCUCCACCCUGCACUGCAGACCCCAGCAAGUGGACGCCGUAUAAGUCCCUCGAGAGCCUGAAGGAUUGCCAUCAUCCAGUGUUGCUCGACAUCUCGUCCCACGAAUCUCCCGACCUCCCCGGAGCAUCGUUCAGAAUCCACGCCUGUACCAUCGACGAACACCCCGAUGACCUUGAGGUCCAGUCAGAACUCUUUAGCAAUCCUGUUGAACCGUUAGAGUCAGCGAUAUCUGAUGCCGAGACAACUUCUAGCAUCCACGAGCUCAACUUCCUCCUCCACCAUGUACAAACCGUCCUGACCGAUACCUCGAACCGGGACACUCGAAGUGUCGUUGGGCAUUUCAACAAUACAACUGUCGGUAUAUACAGUGGUGCGGCGGCUGAUAUGUCCAUGGCAACGUUUAUAAUUGAAGGAUUCAGGAGCAGCGAGGAUAUCCAAACUCGCAAGGCUGUGGCAAUCCAGCUGUGCGGUGACAACCACGAUCUUGAACAUACAUUUGGAAUCGCAGCCGCCACAACUGGUGAUAUGACGACUGUUAAACGGGCGAUCGAUUCAUGGACCGAAGCUCAUUGCGUGGAAAGCGACAGGGCAGUUCUCAACGUCCGGGAUAUUGGUACUACUGACGAGCCGAUACGCAUACAGCCAAGAAACCCUAUUACAGAAAGCCUCUUAAAAGAGUACACCUGCAGAUUAGAAACGGUCGUGAAGGGAGAUACUUGUAUUGCCGUCGCCGAAAGAUGUGGCAUUCCCUUGGAAGAGUUUAUGAGAUACAACUCUGAACACGAUGGCAAGAAUAACGAUACUGGCAAGAACGAAGAUACUUGGUGCACGCUUCUACAUCUAGACGACCAGCUCUGUUGCUCAGAGAGAGUCAGGGUUCCCAAACCCAGGCCAUCGAUGAACAGGAAUGGUUCCUGCGCAGCAUAUGUAACGGAGCCCGACGACACCUGCUCCGUGAUUGCCCAGAAACAUGGUGUGGAGGAGGCAGACAUCAACUAUUUCAAUGGCAGGAGGACAUGGGGCUGGGCUGGCUGCGACUACAUCUACCCUGGGCUCAGGAUCUGCCUGAGCGAAGGAUAUCCACCGCUCCCUGAUCCUCGCCCUGACGCAACUUGCGGACCAACUGUCCCGGGAACAGAGAUGCCAAUGGAUGGCCAGCCGCUUGCCGACUUGAACCCAUGUCCCCUGAAUGCAUGCUGCAAUAUCUUGGGAAACUGUGGAGUGUCUCCUGAAUUCUGCAUCAACGAGGAGGGCCCAACCGGAAACCCAGGAACAGCGUCUCCGGGCCACAAGGGGUGCAUCUCUAACUGCGGCAUGGAGAUACUUGAGAACUCGGACGAGCCUGCGGAGUUCAUGAGGAUUGGCUACUAUGCGUCGUUCAAUCUUGACCGACCUUGUCUCAAUCUUCGCGCAGCCCAUAUCCAAGUCAACGACUACACCCAUAUUCACUGGGCGUUUGCUAACAUCGACAGCGACUUCGAGCUUGACAUCGUUGAUCCCCAUGGACAAUGGGCGGAUUUCCUUGCCCUGCAAGGUGUGAAACGGAUAGUCUCCUUUGGUGGCUGGGGAGUUACGAUCAGUACAACAUUCUACGAAGUGCUCCGCAAAGCUCUGGACCCGGCGAAUGUAGACAGGUUCAUCAUCAACAUACUGGAUUUCCUUGAAGAGCAUAACUUGGACGGCAUGGAGUUUGACUGGGAAUAUCCGGGUGCCACAGACCUCCAAGCCGCCUCUUUUAGCUUGCCUUCGGAUGGCGCAAACUACCUCGAGUUCCUCAAGAAGCUCAAAAGCGCAUUCCCGCCCGGCAAGGUUAUCUCCAUAGCUGCGCCUGCAUCCUUUUGGCAUCUCAGGGCGUUUCCGCUUGCGCAGAUGUGGCAGUACGUCGACUAUAUCAUAUAUAUGACUUAUGACUUCCAUGGCCAAUGGGAUUACAAUGAGUUCGUACUACAGGACUGGUGCAAUGGAGGGAACUGUCUAAGAAGCCAUGUGAACUUGACGGAAACUGAGUACGCCCUUGCGAUGAUCACGAAAGCAGGGGUUCCGAAGAAUAAAGUUGCGGUGGGAGUGGCCAGUUACGGACGUGCUUUUGGGAUGAAGGAUGCGGACUGCACAGGACCAGAGUGCAGGUUUGAGGGACCACAGACUACAGCACUACCUGGAAGGUGUACUAGAACUCCGGGAAUCAUUGCAAAUGCAGAAAUCGAGGAAUUGAUAAUUCAGGGGGAUAUCAACGAGUCCUUCUACGAUGCGGAUUCUGACUCGAACAUCCUGGUGUACAACGACACCCAAUGGGUGGCGUUUAUGAGCAAAGGCACAAUGAGACGCCGCGUGGAGUACUAUAAGAGCUUGAGGUUUGGGGGUUACGCAAACUGGGCAGUUGAUCUGACGCAUUGGAGUGGCGAUGACCCUGAGCCAGAACAGCAGAGGAUAGACUUCAACGUGGAGAGUACAGUGCUUUAA